GCCGAUAGCUCACCCUGAAAGAAAAGGCAGCGGCGGCUGCGAUUCUGGAUAGGAGCGGCGGCGCGGUUGAGCAAAGGCGUCGGCGCUCGUGCUAGCACGAGCGAGUCGACGACAGUAAAAAGCAGCGGCGUCAUGGGCGAUUUUACCUUGGUCACGACUAGGGGAUUUUAUAGGUGCUCGGGCACCUCGGCGUCCGUGAGGUCGAGGCCGCGUGGCGCGUACGCCUGCCAUGGGGGCUAUCCUCGAUUCGGCAUGGCUCCAGCUCGCUCUUCGCCCCAAAGAAGCCCGGCGUCACCGGAGGGAUGCCUGCAAAAAAUUGGACGAGGUACUGACGUGGAAAUAUUUGGUUUAAAGAUUGCCAACUACAGAAUGCACAGGGCAUUCAAUUUUGAGUGUUUUGCUUCCAGCGGGGGUGGAUUUGGGACUGAUUUUACAAAUAAGAAAAGAAUUAAAAGCAGGAAGAGGGCAAAGGAUGUUGUGCAGGACCCAAGCAAGGUAGCAUCUGCAGACUCAAAGAACCAGGAACAGUGGGCACCAGAGUUAGGAAUUGGAAGAGAAAACAAAUCUGGUAAAACGGUCAUGGAUAAGAAAUUUCUGGAAAAAGUUGAAGCCGUUCGAAGGUCUGCACUUGAUAAAAAGAAAGUUGAAGAGACCAAAAAUUAUCAAGCUAUUGAUUAUGAUGCUCCAAUUGAAUCAGAUAAGAGCACACUUGGCUUUGGUACAAGGGUUGGAAUUGGCAUAGCUGUUGUGGUUUUUGGACUAGUCUUCACUUUUGGGGAUUUCCUCCCUUCUGGAAGUGUUAGCCCUAGCAAUGAAAGCACUGUGGUUAACAAACAGCUUUCAGAGGAGGAAAGAACAAACUAUAAGAGGGCACUUGAAGGGUACGAAGAAACACUGACGAAGUCGCCUAACGAUCCUACCGCUCUUGAGGGUGCAGCAGUAUCGUUGGUUGAACUAGGUGAAUAUCAGAAGGCCUCAGAUCUACUUGAGAAGCUAGUUAAGGUAAUCCCCGACAAAGCAGAAGCAUACCGCUUGUUAGGUGAAGUAAAGUUUGAGCUCAAGGAUUAUGAUGGGAGUUCUUCAUCAUACAGGAACUCUCUAUCUUCAUCUGACAGCAUUGAUUUUGACGUUCUCCGUGGGCUGACAAAUUCAUUAGUUGCUGCUAAGAAGCCCGAUCAGGCAGUCGAAGUAAUUCUAUCUUGCCGUCGCAAGUUGAGUGAAAAGCGUCAAACCAGGCAACCUGAUUUGGAGGCUGCAAAUGAGAAUGGUGCUCAGGAGUCUCGAGAUAUUGAUCCUAUCCAAGUUGACCUGCUUCUUGGAAAGGCCUAUUCUGAUUGGGGCCAUAUCAGUGAUGCUGUUACUGUUUAUGAUAACUUAAUCGCUGAACAUCCUGAAGACUUCCGUGGUUAUUUGGCGAAGGGAGCUAUACUGAAGCAAAAUGGUAAGGCAGGUGAUGCAGAAAGAAUGUUUAUUCAGGCCAAAUUCUUCGCCCCAGAGGCAGCAAAGGCACUUGUUGAUAUUUAUGCACAGAGAUAGUCCACGAGAGGUAAAGGAGGAAAAAACUUCCGUUUGAGGUGGACUUAAGCUGUCGUGGACUGUUAGCACUCAGUAGGACAUUACAGGCGAGGGCAGCAGUCCAUGCUAAGCUUGUAGAAGAUCAAGCAGACCAAGUGAAGGCAGGGAAAAUCAAUAGAAGAGCAAGAGUUCAAAGGGAAGGAAAAGAGUUUGAAAAGGUUUUGGACAAAGUCUUAUAGGACACACAAUUCAAUUCGUUAAGUCGAAAGUUCAGUUUUGUCGCUGCUAUUCUGAUAAUGUUCUAAAAGGACAAAAGUUGCGAAAUAGUGGUUACUCUGCUUGAGAAAUACUCCCUUCCAUCAAGUAUGAUGUCCCAUUGAAACACCGAUAUGUAAAAAGGGUUCAACCUAUUGAGGUUUCCGUAA